AGUGGUGGAUGCGUACACAGAAUUUACAAACAUCUGGUGUUUGUUGUUGUGCACAGUGAAUUUGUUGCGAGUAUUCAAAAAUGUUUUCAGGUUGUUUUAGCGGCAAUUAUAGCAUUGUUAUCAUUGAUAGACAAUUUUCAAAGACAAUGGGACGUCGUAAGUGCAUUCUUUGUGGAGUUAGCAGUGAAAAAACUGAGGCAACCUUCCACAGAAGAAGCGAAGGAUUAUUUGAAAUCGUUAAAAUUAGGAGACACUAGAGUUAUACUUCCUAGAAGAAAAUUAGGAUUUUUGGGAUUCAUAAUUUCAAUAAACAGCCUGUAUGAAUAUAGAGUCAAAGAAACCAAAGAGCUGAAUUACCUUCUCACAUAUAAGUUAUCUCAAGAUCAUUUGGAAAUUUUCUUCAGUUGUAUAAGAAGCAAAGGAGGAUACAGCAAUAAUCCUACCUCGAAGCAGUUUCAGAAUAUUUUAAAAAAAUUAUUACUUCAUACUGAAAUAAGUGGCAAUGAAGCAUCCAAUGUCGUGGCAUUAGAUAGCACAUCCAUUUUGCACUGUUCAUCAUCAUCAGAGAUCAAAAUUAGUGAGGAUAUGACCUCAUCAUCAAACAGUAUAGAGCAAGAUGAAGAUUUUACACAAUUUAAAAACUUUCUUCGAAUAAGUCCUUGGUAG